UUACCUUUGUAUUGUGAGUGGGUCUUACCGUGACUCCCGCCCCUUCAGGCCCAACUCCUUUCUUAGCGCCACUGCAAAGUACUCCAAUUGUCCACCGGAGCAACGAUACCGUUAUUCAAUGGCUCUCACCCUCCCUCGAAAAUGGAAAUGGAGGCCAUUCUUGGUCUCCUCCAUAGCUUCAAUUAUUGGACCUGAAACUAGAGCUCAUGGGUUUCGAUCAGAUGCUGUUUUAGAAGCAUUAAGGAAGGCAAGAGAAGAGAAGAUCCCAAAUGUGGUGCUAUACAAGUACCCUUCUUUCUCCGGAUCAUUCUCUGCUCUGUUUGCUACCCUCUUCCACUCUCGCCUCAAUCUAUCUUGCCUUGUUUUGCCUUUCUCUUUGGUUCAGCCUCUCAGGGUUGAAGAUUUGGCAUUUGAAGGACUUGAGAGAUGUUAUCUUCUUGAUUUUCUUGGUCCUCCAGGAUUUGCCGCUGUGCUUUCACGGCAAUCAAUGUGCGAGGUAAUAGGCUUUGAUCACCGAAAAUCAGCACUUUCAAGAAUUCCCUCUGCUGAAGAGUGUGCAGAGAAAGUCACAUUUCAUGUUGAUCUUGAAAAGAGUAGCUCUACUGUUGUAUAUAACUAUUUCUCUAACAAGCUUCUAGCUAUAACAUCUCAUAAUAAUAAGGGAGGAGUUAACAGAUUGUUGAACCCAGAAGACCAAGAACGUGUUGAAAUGGUUCUUAAGUACAUUGAAGAUGCAGAUCUUCGACGAUGGAGCCUACCAUAUAUUAGGGCUUUUAAUAUCGGACUAAAUGAAUGGCGCUCGAAGUUAAAUUGCAUCACAAACCCAUUUAUGUUUGAAGAGUUGUUGGAGAUGAGUUCUACCUCUUUAAUUGCCAAUGGAAAUUCAUAUAUUUCCUCUCGUCAGAGUGCUGCAAGCAAGUUACUAGAUAAGGUUUUUAAAGUUCGAUUGGGUAGAGGAUUUUAUGGGGAGUGCCUGGGAGUUAGAGCUGAUGGCAAUUCCAACUUAAGUGAUGAAAUUGGCAGGCAACUUAGUGUAAAAAGUGCUGCAGCUGGUCUUAGGCCCAUAGGAGCUGUUGUCUACAUGCAACGGAAUAAUCUAAAGAUGUGCUUAAGGAGUACAGAUAGAGAUACUGAUACAUUGGAAGUUGCAAAGGCAUAUGGUGGAGGUGGCUCGCCAAGUUCUAGUUCCUUUAUUAUACGGAUGGAUGAGUAUAAUCAGUGGCUUUCAGACAAUGCAUCAUGAUUGCAUCAAGUUGUGACACUGAUUGGAAAGGUGAAGAACAAAGCCAUAGCGCUGGCAAAGAGAAGUCCCCACCAUUGCAUCUGAACCUGAUCAUUCAAGACUAUGCAGAGAACAAGCGAAACUGCAAGUGUGGCAGCCAGCAACAAGUGAAACCACCAGGAAGUUAUGUCCUUGUAUCUUCUCAUCAAUCUGGUAUGGAUAUCCUCCUUGCCGUUACAAGAAUAAUGGUAUCGCUCAUAAAUCUCCCUGUGAAUUAUAAGUCAUACACAAUAAUGUGAUCAUGUGUAAAUACAAAUACACGUUUCCGAUUGAAAUAGCUGUAAUGAGAAUUAAGGUGCUUCCAAUUGAUGAUUCAGUUUGAAAAGGGUUAAACCACUGUGGAUUGUAUUUGUUUUUGCUUUGAGCAUUUCAGAAUAACAGAGGACACUGUAAAAACUCGUGGUUGACAAAAUAUAUUGAAUUGAAAAACGAAUUAACUA